CUUCAGCUCCUCUUCGGCGGAGCUCGGCUGACGCUCGUCCUCUCGGGCUCGGCUCUCUUCGUCUGCGUUCGGCGACGGCCCGGAAGGGCGCCCAUGGAGCGGGGACUGUCGGCUCGACCGACGGCUAUGGCGCCGCUGCUGGAAUAUGAGCGGCAGCUGGUGCUGGAGCUACUGGACGCGGACGGGCUGGUAGUGUGCGCCCGCGGGCUCGGCGCGGACAGGCUCCUCUACCACUUCCUCCGGCUGCACUGCCACCCGGCGUGCCUGGUGCUGGUGCUCAACACGCAGCCGGCCGAGGAGGAGUAUUUCAUCAAUCAGCUGAAGAUAGAAGGAGUGGAACACCUCCCUCGCCGCGUAACAAAUGAAAUCGCAAGCAAUGGCCGCUAUGAGGUUUACACACAAGGAGGUGUGAUAUUUGCAACAAGUCGAAUUCUCGUGGUUGAUUUUUUGACUGAUAGAAUACCUUCAGAUUUAAUUACUGGCAUCUUGGUGUAUAGAGCUCACAGAAUAAUCGAGUCUUGUCAAGAAGCAUUCAUCCUGCGCCUCUUUCGCCAGAAAAACAAACGUGGCUUUAUUAAAGCUUUCACAGACAACGCUGUUGCCUUUGAUACUGGUUUUUGUCAUGUGGAAAGAGUGAUGAGGAAUCUUUUCGUAAGGAAGCUGUAUCUUUGGCCAAGGUUCCAUGUCGCAGUAAAUUCGUUUUUGGAGCAGCACAAACCUGAAGUCGUAGAAAUUCAUGUUUCUAUGACGCCUGCCAUGCUUGCCAUUCAGACUGCUAUCCUGGACAUUUUAAAUGCAUGCCUAAAGGAACUAAAAUGCCAUAACCCGUCGCUGGAAGUCGAAGAUUUGUCUUUAGAAAAUGCCAUUGGAAAGCCCUUUGACAAGACAAUCCGCCAUUAUCUGGAUCCUUUGUGGCACCAGCUUGGAGCCAAGACUAAAUCCUUGGUUCAGGAUUUGAAGAUACUACGAACUUUACUGCAAUAUCUCUCUCAGUAUGAUUGCAUCACAUUUCUUAAUCUUCUGGAAUCCCUGAGGGCAACAGAGAAGGCUUUCGGUCAAAAUUCAGGUUGGCUGUUUCUUGACUCCAGCACCUCGAUGUUUGUAAAUGCUCGAGCAAGGGUUUAUCGUGUUCCAGAUGCCAAAAUGAGUAAAAAAGGCAAAAUGUCCGAAAAAAUGGAGAUUAAAGAAGAGCAAGAAACAAAAAAGGAACUGGUCCUGGAAAGCAACCCAAAGUGGGAAGCACUGACUGAAGUACUGAAAGAAAUUGAAGCAGAAAAUUCGGAGAGUGAAGCCCUUGGUGGUCCAGGUCAGGUACUUAUUUGUGCAAGUGAUGACCGAACGUGUUCCCAGCUAAGAGAGUAUAUCACCGUGGGAGCAGAGGCCUUCUUGCUGAGACUCUACAGGAAAGCCUUUGAGAAGGAGAGCAGAGCUGAGGAAGUGUGGGUGGCUUUCAGAAAGGAGGAUGGUGCAAAGAGAACUGUGAAAUCUAACAAAAGACCCAAAGACCCCCAAAACAAAGAAAGAGCUCCUGCCAAAGAACGGGCUCUCAAAAAGAAGAAACAAAAGUUAACGUUAACUCAGAUGAUGGAGAAACCUGACGAACUUGAAGAGGAAGGGGAUAGCAAAGAAGGAUACCCUAGAGACUUAUGCAGCAGCCCAGAGAGCUGCUUAGAAGAAAUCAAGCAUGAGGAGUUUGAUUUAAACUUGUCAUCGGAUGCCGCUUAUGGAAUUCUGAAAGACCCCCUCAUCAUCAUCCACCCACUUCUGGGUUGUAGCGACCCCUAUGCUCUGACGAGGGUACUCCACGAAGUGGAGCCAAGAUACGUGGUUCUGUAUGACGCAGAGCUAACAUUCGUGCGUCAGCUCGAAAUUUACAGGGCAAGUAGGCCCGGGAAACCGCUCAGGGUUUACUUUCUCAUAUACGGAGGUUCGACCGAAGAACAACGCUAUCUCACUGCUUUGCGGAAGGAAAAGGAAGCUUUUGAAAAACUCAUCAGGGAAAAGGCUAGCAUGGUUGUCCCGGAAGAAAGGGAAGGCAGAAGUGAAACAAACCUAGACCUGGUAAGAGGCUCCCAGCCUGCAGGUGAUCCCACCGACACUCGGAAAGCAGGUGGCCAGGAACAGAAAAGUAUACAGCAAACUAUAGUGGUGGAUAUGCGUGAGUUUCGAAGUGAACUCCCGUCCCUGAUCCAUCGCCGGGGCAUUGACAUUGAACCAGUGACCUUAGAGGUUGGAGACUACAUUCUGACCCCAGAAAUGUGUGUGGAACGCAAGAGCAUCAGCGAUUUGAUCGGCUCCUUAAACAACGGCCGCCUCUACAGCCAGUGCAUCUCCAUGUCCCGCUACUACAAGCGACCAGUGCUGCUGAUCGAGUUUGACCCCAGCAAGCCUUUCUCUCUCGUUGCCCGAGGCGCCUUCCAUCAGGAGAUCUCCAGCAACGACAUUAGCUCCAAACUCACCCUCCUCACCCUGCACUUCCCCAAACUCCGGCUUCUCUGGUGCCCGUCCCCUCAUGCCACCGCCGAGCUGUUUGAGGAGCUGAAACAAAAUAAGCCGCAGCCCGAUGCAGCGACCGCCAUGGCUGUCACAGCGGAUUCUGGAACCCUCCCCGAGUCAGAAAAGUAUAACCCUGGCCCCCAGGACUUCUUGUUAAAGAUGCCGGGGGUGAAUGCCAAAAACUGUCGCUCCUUGAUGAGCCACGUGAAGAACAUUGCAGAAUUAGCAAGCCUGUCACAAGACAAGCUCGCAGGUAUCCUGGGGAACGCUGCAAAUGCCAAGCAGCUGUAUGACUUCAUUCACACCUCUUACGCAGAGAUUCUAGCGAAAGGGAAAGGGAAAAAAUGAACAAUGGUGGCUGUUUACUUACCUCCCGACUGUGCUUUUCAACCGCUCUUUGCCAGCUGUAAUAGGUCGUGGUUAAUGAUGAGCUCAGUACUUCAUUCUCUCCCCAUGUUUUUAAUGAUUGUGCUGUGUUUCGUAGUUCAGUGGAUCAGAAGCCAAGAUUUCUCCCUGAACUUGGCAUUUAAGCACCUUCUUAACCUUUCCGCGCCAGCUCUCCCUCCUCCCUGUGCUGUCCAUGCCCGGGUGCGUGUGUUCAGUUUCUGAAUAGGGUGUAUCAGGAUCAGGUAAAGUUUCUAUAAGUGUUUGUAGACGGCCACUUGUGAGACAAGCUGGAAUUUAUGUGUCCCGCACAGACUGACAAAGCACACAAUCGUGUUUUCACCCUCUGUCUGUGGAGGGCCCCUGGAACUGUGAGAGGAAACAUUUCUUCGCCGCUCCUGGCCAGUUUCCCCCCACAUCUUCCUCAGACAUCCUUCUGCCACCUGUCUGCCCCUAAGAAAACUCAUGGGGGCGUCCUCCUGCUAAUUUAAGACAACCACCUCUAAAACUGGCCGAUUAAUUUUCCAGACACCUGAAUAAAUACAGAUGUAGCACUCAGUUGUUCCAAACCAGUAUUUUUAAAAUAUAAAAUGAAUUACCUAUUUACAGAAGUUUAUGGUGUAGGUGAGGAACGCUUAGAAUUCUGUUUUUACUGAUAGUUAACAUCCUAAAGAUUUUGGUUUCCUUCCUUAAGUUGAGUUAAAAGGACUGGAAGUAACUGGAAAAUCAAUUUAUAGAUUAUAUAAAGUUCUAAAGAAAUAUAUAUAUGUAUAUAUAUAUAUGUAUUUAAAAAAUUAUAAAGAACCCUGGCCGACGUGGCUUAUUAGUUGGUUGAGCAUCAUCCCGUACACUGAAAGGUUGCCCAUUUGAUCCCCAGU